AUGUCAUUGAGGACACCACCUCCUAGUCGUCAACAGCGCUUAAGUGGUGAGGCAAAAAAUGGCGAUACAACGAAUAUUAACAAUUCUCAAGACAUGGCAAGAAAGAGACAGCUUGAAAAAGACGAGAAAAUAAGAAAGAAAGUUGAACAUGAUCUUACAAGAACCAAUAAACUUUAUGGGAAAAGAACGCUUGAUAAAAUACCAAAGACAGCCGGUUCUGUUGGAAGCUUGAGACCUUCCCCCGCAAUAACCUUACUAGAAACGGCCACUGUAAUGGACGCCUCACGCUUUAUGGCCGUAAGCAGAGCCACAGCAGUACUUGUUGUAGAUGAAUUAGAAAGAUUGAUAGGAAUCGUUACUGACAAAGACUUGGCGUUCAGAGUUUGUGCCGAAGGUCUUAAUCCUAAUGCAACAUCCCUCGCAGAAAUAAUGACUAGGAAUCCCGAUUGUAUUACAACAUCCUCUAAUGCUCCUGAAGCUUUAAAUCGUAUGGUUUCAGGUGGAUACCGACAUUUG